GGAAGCGCCCGUUUCUAUGGAAACCAGGUAGCACAAACUUUCUCUUCCCUCUGGUUGGCGAUUUUAAAAAAUGAACAAAGAUCAUUCCAAAUAUCACAUGGCACGCCUGCGCAUUGAACUGGAGCAAGAACGAGAAAUGAAGUGAGUUAUUUUCUUACCGUUUGAUUUCCCCCUGUGUUUGUACCCCCUCACCCCCCAGAGACUUUUGGCGAUUUUAAAAAAUGAGCAAAGAUCAUUCCAAAUAUGACAUGAGGCAUGCUGGAAGAGUCGGUACGGGACCUGCGGUGCACCACGAGGGAACUUCAAGACAGACUUCACGGUGUCGACGGGGAAGACAACGAGUGGAAGACCAGAUAUGAAACUCAGACUGAGCUGAACGCACAGCUACAAAGGCAACUCGCUCUCGUCCACGAGAGGAUGCAAGACCUGCGUGGGAACCCAGUGGACCGGCUGACCUCUAUCCGAUCCUACGAUAACAUGCCACCCGAAUCGCUACGGCAUCGCCUCAAGUUGCUCACCGAUGAGAAGUCAGGCCUGCAGAGUCAACUGGCUGACUGUCGCGUUAGCAUUGAACUAGAGUCAAAGGUUAGUGGGACCGAGUUGAUGCAUUCCAUCCAACUGCUUAGUACAAUCUCUGCAAGUUUUUUUUGGGGGGGGGGCGGCAAUCAGGCAUUCCAUAAAACUAACGAUGAGAGGCGAGCGUACCUCUCGGAAAUUGCCAAGGUAAGCGACCUCCUCCGCCCGCAUGUUGUUGACAACCAAGCUGCCGUGUGGAAUAUGUUCUUCUGCAGUUGUCCUCCACUGUUGACGACCAGUGGAGGCAGUACUCCAAGCAGCCACAGAGGGCCCCGGAGAGCAAGCUCAGUGACGUGCCUGAGGAGGAGGAGAAGGAGGGGAACGUGCAGCUGCUACUUAGUUGGGGGACAAUCGUCCAUACUGGAGGUGACGGAGGACCUCGGCUCUUGUGUCGACAGUAGUGCAGCGACGGUGGCGGCGCCGCCGGGCCACGUUAUGGACAUGGAGCACUUUGACGAGCGCACUCAGCGGGCUGGCGUGGGAUCCGCUGCCGGGACGGACGCCCGCCUCAAUGGGGUGGUCCACAGCCCCGCGCACAGCGCGCACUGCAGCUUGCUGCUGCAGCGCGCACCGCGCAGCCUUCAGGCCCUGAGUGCUGAAAAGCGCGCUAAGAAGGUGCGCUUCUUCCGGAACGGCGACCGCUUCUUCCACGGCAUCGUGUACGCAGUGUCGUCCGACCGCUUUCGCACUUUUGAGGCGCUGCUGGCCGACUUGACGCGCGCCCUCUCGGACAAUGUCAACCUGCCGCAGGGCGUGCGUGCCAUCUACACGCUGGACGGAUCAGGGCGCAUGGGCAGCCUCGAGCAACUGGUGGAAGGCGAAAGCUACGUCUGCAGCUCCAUGGAAGCUUACAAAAAAGUGAACUACAGCAAAAACAUCAACCCCAACUGGUCGGUGAACGUCAAGGGCUCGGGUGUGGCCCGGACCCGCAGCAGGCCGCCCGAGAGCCGCGAAAACAAGGACUUUGUUCGCCCCAAGCUGGUGACGGUGGUGCGUGGCGGCGGCAUGAAACCCCGCAAGGGUGUCAGGGUCCUGCUCAACAAGAAGACGGCACACUCGUACGAGCAAGUGCUCAGUGACAUCACCGACGCCGUCAAACUGGACUCCGGAGUGGUCAAGAAGAUCUACACGCUGGAGGGGAAGCUGGUGACACGCCUGCAAGACUUUUUUGGCGACGAGGACGUGUUUGUGGCAUGCGGCCCCGAAAAGCUGCGUUUCCAAGAUGACCUGAUGCUGGAUGAGACGGAGUGGCGCGUCAUGCGGCCGAUGAGCUACAGCAAGAUGUCCUCCAUUCGAAGUUCCCCCAAGGCUUUGAUCCAGAUCCAGCACGGCAAGUCACCCGCGUCUGUGAACGGGACGCCGGUCAGUCAGCUGUCUACGCCGCAGACGGCCAAGUCCCCCAGCCCCUCCUCGACCAGCCCGGUGAGCCUCGUCCAACAACAGUGGGGCUCUCGGGACUCCUCCUCCUCCUCUUUGUCAUCCAGUCAAGCGUCUAGCUCGCAAAACAGUGACGAAGCCGUGACUGACGAAGAAGUUGUCGCGGAUGAGGCUCCGGCCUUGGCGGACGAGGCUCCGGCUGUGGCGCCGGCCUCAGCGGACAAGGCUCUGGCUGAGGCGCCGGCCUCAGUGGACGAGGCUCCGUCCUCGGCGGACGAGGUUCCGGCUGUCCCUUCCUACAUAUCGGAGCGCUACAAGGUUGGCCGCAUGCUGGGCGACGGCAACUUUGCGGUGGUUCACGAGUGCGCCGAGCGCUCCACGGGACGCCAUUACGCGCUCAAGAUCAUCAACAAGGGCAAAUGUCGAGGCAAGGAGCACAUGAUUCAGAACGAGGUGGCCAUCCUGCGGCAAGUCAAGCAUCCCAACAUCGUCCUUCUCAUUGAGGAGGUGGACACGUACAGCGAACUUUACCUGGUCAUGGAGCUGGUCAAGGGCGGAGACCUGUUUGACGCCAUCACUUCUGCCAACCGCUACACAGAGAAGGAUGCCAGCGGCAUGCUCUACAACUUGGCCAACGCCAUCAGAUACCUCCACAGCCUCAACAUUGUGCACCGAGACAUCAAGCCAGAAAACCUUCUGGUGUAUGAGCAUGUGGAUGGUAGCAAGAGCCUCAAACUGGGAGACUUUGGUUUGGCCACAGUGGUGGACGGACCUCUUUACACCGUCUGUGGCACGCCGACAUAUGUAGCGCCUGAAAUCAUUGUGGAAACUGGGUACGGGCUGAAAGUGGACAUCUGGGCGGCCGGCGUGAUCACUUACAUUCUGCUGUGCGGGUUUCCGCCUUUCCGGGGGAACAGCCAAGAUCAGGAGGUGCUCUUUGACCAGAUUCUGAUGGCCCGGGUGGAGUUUCCUCUGCCGUACUGGGAUGGCGUGUCCGCCGCCGCCAAGGCGCUGAUCGAAUCCAUGCUGGAGGUGGAAGUGGACCAGCGGUACACGGCCCUGCAGGUCCUAGAGCAUCCUUGGGUCAUCGAUGAAGGCCUUUGCGAGAAUGACCGUCAACUGUCAGUCGCAGGAAAGAUCAAGAAGCAUUUCAACACCUCGCCAAAGGGCAGCGACAACGCGCAGGCGCACAUUUGGUUGGACGGAAGCUUUUCUAUGCAGAGAUCCGGCUCGUUGGACUUCCACCGGCACCCGGCUAUGUAUUGGAUCAGGCCUCCCUUGUUGAUAAGGAGAGGUCGCUUCUCGGAUGAAGACGCCACCCGGAUGUGAUGACCUCUGCAAAUCUGUCACAAAAAAUGUCCCGCUCAAACGCCAGCCUCCCACGCGACUCUGAUGACAUCUCCAUCAGCUCUGAAGAGGGCGGGAACCCCUUCGAGAAGUUCCUGUAGUAGUGAAAACUUUGACGCAAAAAAAAAAAAAAGCUGUACAUGAGAGAAAUCUUUUUUCCAAGAGGUGAACUUUUUUUGGUUGAUUAUAUUUCAUUUAUCCACGUUGACUCAUUUGUCAUUCCCCUUUGGUGAUGGAACAUCCCUGGCAAUAUGGACCAAUGAACUUCAUCUUGUUUUUUCUUUUUUACCUGCAGCGUGUGUGUGUGUGUAUGUAUAUGUAUUAGGGGUGUAAAUCGCGGGUUUUGUCACGAUACGAUAUCAUAUCGACACAAAGAACUACGAUACGAUAUUUGCCGAUAUCUUAAAGCCUGCUGCGAUUCAUUCACGAUAUAUCACGAUAUAGUGCUCUACGAUCGAUAUAUAUAUUUUUUUAAAUAAAAAAUAUAGAACAACAUCCUGAUUUAUAACAAUUCAUACGCAAAAUCAACAAGGUACUGCAAACUCUUUAUUUAGGAAAUUACAAGAGUAUUGUAGUAUACAAAGUGCUUAUUUUAACACUGAACUUUGAUGUUGUUUUUUCUUUAAAUGUGCGGCGAGAUUUGUGGUCCCUGAAUAUUUGAUCACCGCAUGGCAGGAUUUACAAACUGCACGUGUCUUGUCCGUUGAGCCAUCUUUUCUUUGGAAUCCAAAGUGCUUCCAAACGAAUGACUUGGGGUGUAACGAUUCAUCGAUACACAUCGAUUAAUCGUUACACCCCUAAUACAUAUAUAUAUCUAUAUAUCUAUAUAUCUAUAUAUCUAUAUAUCUAUAUAUAUAUGUGUGUGUGUGUGUGUGUGUGUGUGUGUGUGUGUGUGUGUGUGUGUGUGUGUGUGUGUGUGUGUGUGUGUGUGUGUGUGUGUGUGUGUGUGUGUGUGUGUGUGUGUGUGUGUGUGUGUGUGUGUGUGUGUGUGUGUGUGUGUGUGUGUGUGUGUGUGUGUGUAUAUAUAUACAUA